GGUCGCCGCUCACACCAUCCCCACCCGCCAGCAUGAAACUGUCGCUGCUGCCCGCCGCCCUGCUGCUGGCGCUCAGCCUGCUCUGCCUGCCCCGAGCCCGGGCGGCCACCCUGGGGAAGCCAGCGCAGGGAGAGACCACUUUGGCCAACUACGCUGACGGACCGCAGGACUCGGACCUCCAGUUCCUGAACGUGGACAGGCUGCGGGCGGCCAUUCAACCGAAUGAGUUCUUCAACUGGCACGCGCUUUUCGAGGCCAUCAAGAGGAAACUUUACUUCCUGAACUGGGAUGCCUUUCCCAAGUCACCCUGAGCCCCUGGGACUCUGCCCUCGCGAACGGAGGGGAGGCCGCGGCCCAGAUUUCCGGCUCCCUCUCGGCUCUCCUUGUCUCCGCAGCUGAAGGGUCUGAGGAGCGCGAUUCCCGAUGCCCAGUGAAACCUAGUGACCCCCCCCCCCCGGACCUCAAUAAAGGGGGUGUCCCCCUCCGAACCGAAUA